UAUCGGGUGCUCAUUAUGAAUAAUGUCAUUAGAACCAGUUGGCGUGACGCUGCGACGUUAAUAGUGCUCAGUAAGAAGAAGGUUGUGGUUCCGCGUGAGUGUGUAAACUACGACAUACUGUUCCAGACACGUACGGCGAGCGCAUCGUUCGCAAACAGCGUCGUGUUCCCCGGGGGUGUCACUGAGCCCUCGGACGCGAGUGACGAGUGGCUGAAGUUGUUUAGGAGUUUCGGCUUCGGCCAGAGGCACUUUGAGGCGUUCCACGGCCCCGGGGCUCCGGUCACACCGAUACUACGUGAUAACCCCGUCAAAAGACACAUUGCAUUGCGGAUAACUGCAAUCCGGGAGACAUUUGAAGAGCUAGGCCUUCUCCUGGCCAGUACUGAACAUCAGAAAGACAGGAGCAGCCUAUCAGCUAGUAUCCUGCCAGGUCUGGAUGUUAAGCAUUGGCAGAGCAAGAUAAGCAAGAACCCUGAGGAGCUUCUAACCCUCUGUAAGACCCUCGGCUGCUACCCCGACAUCUGGUCUCUACACUACUGGAGCAACUGGCUGACUCCUAUUCACUUCCCGAAAAGGUUCGACACCGCCUUCUUCGUCACCACCUUAGACAAUCGGCCUGAGGACCUGGAGUCAAGUAGUGAAGUGGUUCAUGUGCAGUGGGCGAGCCCUGACGACAUCCUAGCAAAGUAUCACAAGAGCGAGCUGGUGCUCUUCCCACCGCAGAGCUACGAGUUGAACCGCCUGCGUCACGCCCCGGACUGCGAGGAACUCAUACGGUUCGCGGCGAAGCGGAGCUCUGGGGGGAAUGCCCUGCUGUACCCCGUGAUACUGAAGGCUAGGGAUGGCGAGCUACAUCUGUUGCCAGGUGACGAGCUCUAUCCAUCAAAUGUAGACUACUUAAAUGAUGGUCAAAUCAUACAAAAAGACAAGACAGUGCGAGAAAUAAGAGAAAGCUGUCAAACACUACACCGUUUCGAAGCAAGCACCGCUAAGCAGUUUGUCAUUAAAAACUGCAAACUUGACAACCACAUAGAUAUGGGCGAUCGGAUCAUCCCUGUAGCAUAA